CAGCUCCAGUUUAGAUUGAACUGUUCCAAGUAACGAUCGUAUUUGCGUGCAAAAUCCCUUGUCUGCUCCAACUGGGAUCGCGAUUUGUUAAACCGUUGAUGCUGUGCUGAUUGCAGUGUAUGAUUUCGUGUUUAUUAUUUUUCAUUCCUUGGUUGUGAUCCGAUAGAUUCGCGUUUACCAAUGCGGUGACUACGGUUCCGAUUUUUUCAAUAUAUUAAAUAAAAGAUUCCAGUGAGAAAACUUAAAUUAUUUUAUGGAUUAAAGGAUAAAACCUGUUCAAAAUGAAGAUAAUACUUUUUUUACUUCUUCCGACCAUAUUCGCCAUCGGAUCAUGUGAACCGCCACCAAUUCGGUCUUAUUUGCCACCUAAAAAGAAUUACCUGCCACCCAGGAAUACAUAUUUACCACCAUCAGCAAAUCAACAGCUUUCAGUUCCUCAAAAGCUUGCACCUGGAACAUUUAUUAUUCAAGUCCGAAGCGAUGCUGGAAGACCAAAGCUAGUAAUUAAACGGGGACCACCGCCUGGUAAACGGCAUUUACCUGGCAACGUGCUGCUACAUAGACCAGCACAACCAGCUCCACCAGGACGCUUUGCUAAGCCAUUGAAAUUCAUCCUCUCACCACAGUUUCUAUUCAAACCAAGCGUAGGCUUCGGUCACAGUAAUAUAAGGAAACCAACAAGAGUUACAAAAUUCAGACUAAACUCGCCGAAAAUUCCAAACGGAUAUGUAUAUGAGAAACCCUUCUCACCUGUUCCAUCUGGACCACAUUAUCAGGUUGAUAACCAUAUUGACUUACCACAAGACUAUCAAUUUAGCCCAAUUCAUACGAUACCUGCUCCAAACUUAGGCCACGGUGCUGGAUUUUCAGGAAAUCAAUAUCGUUUCAACAAUCACUUCACAAACUCUCAUCAAUACCAAGUAACUGAAGAGCAGACAAAUGAUCAAAUUAUUCAUGAUCAAUUCUCUGGAAAAGUUAAAUAUUUUGCCCCCGAUCCGGACCCAUCGUUGCCCGUGAGGAAAAUUCCACCAUCAGCAGAUCCUUACAGCAUGCCUAGCGAAGGAAAUUCUCUCCCACAGGAUCUUCAAAACCAAUAUCUACCACCGCAACAAAUAUCAAGACCUCCAGCUACAAGUUAUGGAGUACCUAUAAAUUCGAUCCCAGUACCAAAUUUGGUCGAGGGCAUGCCACUCUCUGUUUUCAACCCAAGCUAUUUAGUCUCGCAAUCGAAAAAUCUUUAUGAUCAACAUAGACAGCAGUUACCCAAGCCAGAAAUAGCAGCACCCAGCAGUCAUUAUGGAACGGAAGACUUAACUCAGCAUGUAGCCAGUGACGGGCAGAUAGUUCAUGCUGCCAGUGAUGCUAUCAUACCAGCAACACCAACUCCCCAAACAGACCUAACAGUGCAUCCCUUAGCGCUUUCUCCGCAAAUCGGAACUUACGCCGCUUUAGUAGCCCAACCCCAACUAUCGAGUGCUGUGACUGUUAGUUAUGAAGCUCAUACUGUUCAACCUGACGUAUCGCAACACCUUCAUCUGGAGAACCCUGUGGCACAGGGUGGUUUUGUCGUAUCGAAUUAUUAUGGUGCCCAAGGAAGCGAUUUACAGCCAUAUUCCCAACAGUUAGUCGGAGACGCUAGUAAUCAUCAGCAAUAUGUAGAUAUUCAAGAAUCACCUCAGCCAGUGGUGACACCAACUCCGCAACCCCAAUUUAUCGUUACACCCAGCAUUCAACAUCCCUUUGUUGAUCAGAAUACACAGCAACAACUUUUAGCAAACGGUCAUCAGCAAUAUCCCAUUCAAAAUGAUCAGCAACAGCAAUUGUUUGCUCCAAAUCACAGUCCUUAUUAUGUGGACCUUUCUCAGCAACAGUUACAAAAUCAACACACUCUAGAGGAAGCCAACCAGCAACUUCAGCAACAGUUGUUCGACGCUGGAGCACAGGAAUAUUCUACGAAUCAGAAUAUUCAACAGGAAAUUUCGGCAUUUGAUCAACAUCAAAGGCUCUUGGAACAACAAUUUGGCUCAACACCUUUUGGGACUUAUGCCCCGGACGGUAGUUUUCAGCAGCCAUCAAACCUACACAAACGAUCCGAUAAACUGUCGGAUCUGAUAAGUAAAAACGAAUCAAAGGAAGGAGAAGUAACAGUGCCUGCGUCCUCUGAAGAAAAACCCAAAGAAGAAAGCGCUCAAAAUGAGAAGUAGCUUUUCAAAUUAGAUUACAUUUCUAGGUGUAUGAAAAGAUAACUCUAUGAUAUUAUUCUAAUAUUAGGAAAUAAAACGUAUUUAUUUAUUAAUUCA